AUGCAAACUCCAAUAAAAGAGGCUCUUGGUGUACCCAUGGUCCAACAAUAUGAAAAGUACUUGGGAUUACCAAGCUUCAUAGGCCGUAAAAAGAAGGACAGCUUUGACAACAUCAAGCAAAGAGUGUGGAAGAAGCUUCAAGGAUGGGAAGGCAAACUCCUAUCACAAGCCGAAAGAGAAAUUUUGAUUAAAGCGCGAGGAGAUAGUCGAAAGGUCCAUUGGGUUAAGUGGGAAGAGUUAUGUAAACCAAAGGUGCAAGGUGGUAUGGGAUUCAAGGACCUAUCACGGUUCAAUGAUGCGUUGCUUGCCAAACAAACUUGGCGCCUCCUACAUGAUAAAUCUACGCUUUUUUACUGGAUUUUUAAAGUGAAAUUUUUCCCACAAUGUUCGAUCAUGGAAGCCACAUGUCCAAGUUUGGCAUCCUAUGCAUGGAAAAGCGUCAUUAAAGGAAGGGAUGUUAUUAAGCGUGGAUCAAUAUGGAGAAUUGGCGAUGGGAAGUCUGUUAAAUUUGGGGAGAUUGGUGGAUGCCUCAAAAGCACUCACCAACAAUUUUAUCACCAAGGGUGGCAGGUCUGGUGGAAGCCAAGGUUCACAGUUUCAUUGAUGAAGAAUGCAGGUGUUGGAAGAUAG